AUUCUUAGUUCCUUAUUUGUUACGUGAUAUUCGAGGUAUAAUUUAUAUUUAAAGAACAGAUGAUUUUCACACUGAAGCCCACCAUGUACCGAAUCAUUUUAUUACAAUUAAUUGUUACGCUGACCGUAGCUGGACAUAGAAAUAAGACUAGGUACGCGUGCACGGAUGAUUGGCCUAAGUAUAUAAACGAGACUGGCAAUUGUUCCUUCACCGUUUCUCCGGAAUCUGUGACGUCGUUUUCCAAAAAUAUCCGGCACAAUGGAUAUAACUUUGUUCUGAUCAAUCUUCAGUUUGGGAACGUUUCUGUCCGCUGGACAAGAUGUGUCAUCGAAGCAAAAAAAUGGGUUUGGACGUUCGACGGGAUCAAUGGCGCGACAGCAUAUCUGAAUUGGCCAAUAGAAUACAGCUUGUUAUCAUUCGGACUGCUGGAUUCUCACACUCUCCGGAAGCAACCGAUAGAAAUAAUCUCGCACGGAGACUGUGACGUCAUGAUUGGACAUCCUUCGACAACGUAUGGUAUUGCACAUGCCUUGGCCAACAUGACAGGAGUACUUAUAAGGGAUUCAAAAGACAGCAUGAAAUACGACGGGAGUGUGUGGUGCUACAAAGAAAGAUUUUUUGUCAACCACGAGAAGUGGUUAAUGUGUAAAUAUGUCCUAUGUCCUUUUGAAUCCAUUGCCUACAGAUGUUGUAAGUGGAAUAAUUAUAAACCAGGAGAGAAACAUGGAAUAAGUUGUGAACCUAAUAAAAAAGAAGUGAAAUGGUGUCUGCCAUUUGUGCUCGGUUCCGUGGUCUAUCUAUAUUCACCUAUUCUUGUGUUUGGUGUAGUGGGAUUCUUGUACAGUAAAUGUGACACGAAGAAAAGAGAGACUUUAAAAAUUGGCCGAGGGGUUUCCGUCGAAUAUGGAACGUUUCCAAGCGUGGCUUACACUUACUUACCCGAGCCGCAGCAGCCGGAUUUCGACCUAGAUAUUGAUGAAAGCAUAAUUUUCUAUAAUUAUAUACAAUUCAGUUCAAUUUUUGAAUGCUUUAGAAGCCAGUUUUGCUGUGUACCUGUGAGAUGUUUCAGAUGUCUGUUUGUCGUGGGAUGUUUAUCCAUACUCAUGCUAAAACUACUUAUCUACAAUUCCAUGGAGAGGGAAUUUAUAGUGGAAAGCGUGAGGCAAAACAUACCAAUGGGGUUCCUCUCGAUCCUGACAAAAUUUGAGAAACAGCGAUAUAACUAUAUGACUUGUACAUACGGUCCGGUUCCCGCCCUGGUUCUCUUUGUGUGCUUUUCGUUACUGUUUCUCUGUAUUCCGCAUGACCUAGGCCUGUUCCUGACAAAAAGGUUGACGGAAAAUGCGAAGGGGAUAUCUAUUUCACCUUUAACAAGUGACAUCAGUAUCAAAAUGAAGUUCGGUUCUUUAAAAUCGAUUCGUAAUGUCAACGGAUAUAAAAAGAUGAAGAUGAUGAUGGUCUCGCACAUUCUGAUGCUGCUGAACAUUCAGUUUUGGAGAUACUGCCUGGUUAUCGAAAUUUCUAGAUGGAAGUCAUUGCUGAAGAGAAACACGGGACCUGUGUAUGUGUUGGUGGUUUUGUUCUUUCCUUUAUAUUGUCUUCUGUGUAUUUUGGAACUACUUCUUUGCAUUGUGUAUUUUGGAAUACCGAUACUGUUUUUGUACCUGACUUGUAUAAAAGCUUAUUGCGGCGCCGUAAUGUCGUUCUGUGCGUACCGAAUGUUUCUCAUCAGGAUCUGCAGGCCUAUACUCACAGCCUUUGUUUUUAUCAUACUGAUGACCCUUCUUUAUUUGUUCAGCAUCAUUUUCAUCGACAGUGUGAUAUUCAUUUCGCAGAUCGUGACGUACACCUAUACAGGGCUGUUUGCAAAUCCCGAUUUCUCUUACGGUUACGUCAUCCUGGCCAUCACCGUCACAAUGUACGUGUUUGAUAGUGUUAACGGUAUGCAUUCCGUUUACGACGAUCUGUUCAUCCACGUUAGAGAUGUCUGCCAGAAACUUACCAAGGAAGAAAAAUACCCGGAAAUUCAGUUAAUCCACACAGUAGAUGAGUUUCACGGGAUACCCAGAAAGCUCUUCUCUUACGUCAUCCAAACUACCAGGCCAAUAAGGAAAGAAAUUUUCGUGUCCAUUUUGAAAAUUGUCCUAAUUGCUUCGAUCCUUUCCGUGUCUGUAGCAGUACUAUCAGAUUUUCAAGAUUUCAAACGUAUGUCUGACCUUAUGCAGGCCGCUGUGACACUGUUUGUAUGUCUGGUUCCCAAAAUAAUCAACAGUGUCUGCCAAGUAAACAAAACAAAAUGGCAGAUACAAAGAUCAUUGGAACUUAAAAAUGCUGUACAUUAUUUCUGCAGAAGAGAAAUGCGAAAGAGACGCGAAAACACCCACAGAAUGACUAUUAUAAAUUAGAUAUCGGCAAAAUGACAAUGCUGGAACCGGAAGCACUUUGUUAAGAAAUACUUUUAACGUCUGUGUCACAGAGUGGUAUUCAGUUGGCAAAGAAAGUUUGUUUAGUUCCCAUUCAAUUUUUUUUCCAAGAAGAGACAUCACCACUUUAGGGCAAGUGCCAAAAAUUUAGAGUUGAAUGACGCUCAGGGCCGUAGAAAUGAGGAUUCUCUGUCAUACUAACGCCUUCCUUAUCAAGAGGCCUCCCUGGGUUUUUUUUUAGGUCAUAUACGAACACUCUGUAACUUUCACCCCUAAUUCCGGGCGCUUGGGCGAAAGAACAAGAACUACCUACAUGUAAACGAUAUACAGGUAUCGACAAAUUGAGGAAUGUGAAGUAUCAAUCAUAAGUCAAAUUCUCUUGAUAUUCAUAAAUCAGCCGCUGCUGACUUUAGCGGUCCUCGCUUCUUGAAAAUUUUCUCUCUCUCUCUCUCUCUCUCUCUCUCUCUCUCUCUCUCUCUCUCUCUCUCUCUCUAUAUAUAUAUAUAUGCAUGAUAACUCAACUUAUUAAUACUAGCAUUCUAAGUGAUGUAUUUCCAACAGUUCUAAAACAAGCCAAAGUAACACCUAUUAAUAAGAAAAGUGACAAGGCAGACCCGAAUAAUAAUUGUCCAAUUUCUAUUUUACCAACUCUAUCAAAAUUGAUAGAAAAACAUACUGCAAAACUUCUACGAAAUUUCACUAAAGCUUUUAAUCUAUUAACACAAUCCAAUCAGGAUUUAGAGAACUCCACUCUUGUUAAACUUCACUUACAAAACUGACAGGAAGAUGUCUAGAUGCAAUGCAUGGAUUGUGGUGAACUAAUUGGUAUUAUUACAAAUAUAGAUUUUAAUAAAGUAUUUGAUUUAGUGAAUUAC